AUGGUUCCUGUUUGGCUUCCUUUUCUUCUUCUGCUCUCCUCCCUCCUCAAAGCUCAGGAGACUCCAGACUCCUCUCCAGGAGUCACAGUGGAGGCAGACAACAGCACAGGACCAUAUGUCUCCACCUCCGGACCCUCUGGUCCUUCUGGGAUUGUGACGCCCUCCGACCCCCCCACCGUGCAGGAAGAUGAUUGGACCCCUGCGGAGAGCUUCCUGUACUCCGGAGACUCCUCGGCUCUGGAGGUUUCUCGUUGCUCACAAGCGUUCAGCCUCUCGGGACAAAACGCCCCCUCGCUGCCCCCCAGCUUCAGCGCCCCCCUGAGACCGGCUCUGGGCGCUCUCGCUAACACGGCUAACUUCCUCAACAUGAUCUUCCAGGCGAGCGACCUGCGGGAGAGCACAGUGCAGGAGGACAUGGAGUGGUACCACGCUAUGGUCCGCGCCCUCCUGGAGGCCGACAUAGUGAUCCGGAGGGCCCUGCUCACUUUUGACGCCGACCCGACGUCCCCCGAGCCCCAGCUGGUGCUCUGCGCCUCCCGAAACCCCAACGCCAAGGUGCCGAACAUCAUCCUGCAGGAUCUGUCCAGAGCCUGGAAGAAGCUGCACCCCCCGGCACCGGCCCCCGACGACAGCUGGUUCAGAAACUUCAAGUUCCCGGAGCCCAGCCAACGGAGCCAACCAAUGGCGGCUCUGUCGAAGAGAGUGCUGCUGAACGACCUGAGCACUUUGGACACGCCCAAAUGGAGACAGGGCGACAGCUACGUGACCAAUCACAGCGGGGUACGGUGGGCCGACGCCCCCUUCCUCGACUGUGAGGACGGACUGUUUGUUUCUGAUUGGAUACUCACACUGUCCACGGCCUUCUACGGACUCAAGCCAGACCUGACCCCAGAGUUCAGAGGUGUGAUCCGGGUGGACGUCAACAUCCAGGACAUGGACCUGGAUCAGUGUUCAGAAGGAGACGGAUGGUUCUCUGACUCUCACCAGUGCAACCGCACCACCAUGCAGUGCAUAGCGACUCCAGGACAGGGCUUUCGUCUGGGUCAGUACUGCUGCCGCUGCAGAGACGGAUACUACGACCCCGAGACCAUCCCUCAGGACUCAGGUGUGUGUGCAGAUGGCGGCUCUAUGAACAGCAGCAGUGAAGGUGUGUGUUACCCCGACCUGCCCGUGUGCCUGCCCUGCUGGCCGGGGUGCAGCAGCUGCCGGGACGGGACCCCCUGCCGGGUGCAGGAGGGGGGGGUGCUGCGGGGCGCCGUGCUCACCCUGCAGGGGGUCUUCAUGAUCCUCAUCUUCGUCAGCAUGCUGGUGGCCUACAGGCAUCGCAGGAGCCGGAGGAUCCGGGCGUCCGGCCUCCUGCUCCUCGAGACCAUCCUGUUCGGCUCGCUGCUGCUCUACUUCCCGGUGUUCAUCAUGUACUUCAAGCCGAGUACCUUCAGGUGUAUUCUGCUCCGCUGGGUCCGGAUGCUCGGCUUCUCCAUCGUCUACGGGACCGUCACUCUGAAGAUGUACAGGGUGCUGAAGGUGUUCCUCUCUCGCACGGCGCAGAGAGUGCCCUACCUGUCCAGCCUGUACCUGCUGAGGAUCCUGGGCGUGAUGCUGCUGACGGUCAGCUGGUUCCUGUGUGCGUGGACCGUGGGCGUCCUGCAGAACCGAGACAGGAACAUCCCUGUGUACAUCACCACCAACACGUCUGACGGGCAGGGCUUCAACCUGUGCUUCAUGGACCGCUGGGACUACAUGAUGGCCGUGGCGGAGCUCCUGUUCCUGUGCUGGGGAAGCUCUCUGUGGACCGCCGUCAGACCGGUUCCCUCCGCUUUCCACGAGCCGCGUUACAUGGGCAUCGCCAUCCACAACGAGCUGCUCCUCUCCUCCAUGUUUUACCUGUUCAGGUUUACCUUUUCCUCUCUGCAUCCUGAUUGGAUGUUGCUGCUCUCCUUCACGCAUACCCAUGUGACCAUCACUGUGACACUUGCCCUGCUUUUCAUUCCCAAGUUUCUCUAUGUGUCUAAGCCGGGGAGAGAGGAGAUUGCAGCGGAGGUUUAUGAAGAUGAAGUCGACCUGCGGCGCUCCGGCUCGUACCUCAACAGCAGUUUUCACUCUGCUUGGAGUGAACACAGUGGAGUGGACCCGGAUGACUUCAGGGAUGAACUGAAGAAGUUAUAUGCCCAGUUAGAAGUCCACAAGACCAAGAAGAUGACGGCAAACAACCCUCAUCUGUCAAAGAAGCGAAGUUCUCGAUGCGCAUUAGGAAGAUCUAUCAUUAAACGCAUUGCUGAGAUCCCAGAAAGCAUGAGCCGACGGUGCAGCCGCGACGACAGAGAGGGCUCCCUCCAAAGUAAAAGUGUGAAUCAGUCGGAGCCAUCCAAAAGAGCUCCAGAUUCUGUCACUAUCAGCCUCAAAAGUUCAAUGAAGUACCCAUCACCGUAUCCAUCACCGUACCCAUCACCGUACCCUUCACCAUCACCAGCAAUGCACAAGUCCCAGAGCGAUCAUCACUAUGGGUGGGAAAGAGACCCUUCCUUGCGUGACUCCAUGUUAAUGGCCAACGCUUUGAAAAGGACUUCCCGUCAAUCAGUGACAGAUUCCUUGGAUAUUCCACUAGGGCUCUGCAAGUCAGCCAGUGCCCAAAAUCUGUCAAUUGAUAUCAAUCUCUUGCAUCCUGAUCACUCCAGGCUUCAGAAAUCCUGGAGUCUAACUUCCGCUUCGAGGAGUUCAAUGGAGAACAUCCCCAAGGUUACCAGAGCCAGCACAGUGCUGACACGGUCGGGACAGAGCCUUUCCAUCAGUGAACAGACCAGAAGUGCCCUCCAGUCAGGGUCUUUUGACAAGUCUGAUGUAUGUCCUUGGGAAGAGGAGCAAGAACAGUCAGGGGACAAGAACCAGAAACAUGUGACCUACGCAAACUCAAUGGAGAGUGAAGACAAUGGGGCAACAUCUCCAAAAGGGCUCGUCUGUCCCUGGGAGCAUUUACCACCUGUAGAGAAGAAGCCUUCAGAAGAUAGCGAAACAUUUGAAACGGACUACCUAAAACCGCAGGCGUCUGUUUCUGCAAGUGCACCUUGCACUCCGAGACCAAAAUUCACAAAAGAUCAACGCGUCUUCUCCCUCCGGACCGCCACCUCUAAGUGGCUCUCUGUGAAAACAGCAACAACAAAGUUUGAGGAAGGGAACAAGUCCAGUGUGGAUCGAAAAUUAAAUAAGGAGGACUCUAUUUCACUAAAAAGUCAUGAAAGUGUUUCUAGUAGACGACCAAGCAUGGAAAAGAGGUCACUGCUGAAAAGUAUGACAACAGUCAGCAAACCAUGCCUUGUCAAGCAGAACGCCAUCAGACGUUCCUCUGGGGAUUUCGACAGAAACCCAAGAAGGCUCUCAACUGGAAAAUGUGCCGUCUACCCUUGGGAUAUUGAUGAAACGCAAAAAGAUGGCAAUCAUGAAAGUGUGAUUCUAUCAAGGCAGAACAGCAAACGUAGUACCAGUUCUUGGGAGACUGCCAGUAGCUGUAGAACUCCUUCAACUCACAGAAGGGGUAGUAAUCGAAUUACACCCGUACACAAUAUUUCCUUUGUAAAUGUGUGUCCAUGGGAGGGAGAUGGUACUUCCCAAGGAGAGGAGGGUCUAAAGAGGCAGCAGACUAUUCAAGCAGAUGUAUGUCCAUGGGAAUCUCAAGAGGAAGACUAUGUGAGAGAACAAGGAAGUGGCAAAAGUGAGGCCUGUCCUUGGGAGACACAGGAUAUCCCAGUUAUUUGUUAUACUAACACGUCCAAAGAUUUACAAACACAACAGUCUUUGAAACUUGCAGCAGAUGUGUGUCCCUGGGAAACUGCAGAAAGCCCCCAACCUUCAAUAGGGCAAGAAAGUGAAUAUGUUAAUGUUUGCCCUUGGGAUGUUAAGGACAAGGCUGAAGUUGAAUACGAGAACCUAAAUCCCUUGGGGACCAGAGGAACGCUGUCUGUGCCCCUUAAACAUGACGUUUUUAAACCUGACGUCCAUCCCAGUGCAUCAACAAAAGGUUAUGAAGGGCAACAACUCGCAAAAUCAGAAGCCCUGCAUUUGGGUGAACAAGUCACCAAGGCAGCAGAAAGUUGUCAGUGGGAUUUCCCUGAUCCCCCUGAAAACUUUGGAGACCUCUGUCCAUGGGAAGAGGGUAAUAACACUGAUACAACAAAUACAGGCUCAGCUACCAUCAAGGUAGAUAUGUGUCCCUGGGAAACAGGAAAUCAAGAAGGCUCACAACAAAGAGUCUCACCUUCAAUAGCUGCUUCCCUGCAGAGUGAGGAGAAAGAUGCCACAAAAGUAAAUAUAUGUCCUUGGGAAACUGACCCCCCACAAACAACUGAAGCUACCAAGAUUGUGUCACAUGGACUGGAAAGGUCUUCAGAUGUUUUUCCAUGGGAUACAAAGGAAUCAGUGGCAGUCAAAACUCAAGAAUCAAAAGCCUCAGAGGAACCAAAUACCAGGGAAAACCAAGAUACCGUGCCAGCGAAUGUUUGUCCAUGGGACACAGAAGAGCCAAAGGUUCUACAGAGGCAAGAUAGCGUACAGGCAGAUGUUUGUCCGUGGGAUACGGGAGAGCCAAAGGUUCUACAGAGGCAAGAUACAGUUAAGGCAGAUGUUUGUCCAUGGGAUACGGGAGAGCCAAAGGUUCUCAAAAAGCAAGAUAGCUUAAAGGCAGAUGUUUGUCCGUGGGAUACGGGAGAGACAAAGGUUCUACAAAAGCAAGAUAGCUUAAAGGCAGAUGUUUGUCCGUGGGAUACGGGAGAGACAAAGGUUCUCAAAAAGCAAGAUAGCUUAAAGGCAGAUGUUUGUCCGUGGGAUACGGGAGAGACAAAGGUUCUACAAAAGCAAGAUAGCUUAAAGGCAGAUGUUUGUCCGUGGGAUACGGGAGAGACAAAGGUUCUCAACAAGCAAGAUACCCUGCCAGCGAAUGUUUGUCCAUGGGACACAGAAGAGCCAAAGGUUCUACAAAAGCAAGAUAGCUUAAAGGCAGAUGUUUGUCCGUGGGAUACUGAGGAACCAGAAGUUGAUACAGAACCCUCCUCCGAAAACAAAGUGGAUAUUCUCCAAAGUGACCAAGAUGAAGUCACAGAGAACCAGAGACAGCUCAGGGUAGAAGAGAACCCACCAGAUGUCAGCGGUGAGCAGGUGGACGAGCCAAAAGAGAACCUGGGCCGGCGAGAUGCUUUGUGUCCCUGGCAGAUGCAAAGGAGCAUAUCUGGUUCUUUCACAGACAAUACCUCAGACGUCUUUACAUGGGAGCCUGAAAAUAUCCCUGAGGAAGAUGAAGACGACGAUGCAGAAUUUGCUGCUGAGGCUCUUGUGUUCCCAUCUGACCUGUGA